GGACGUACAUCGUAUCGCAAGAUACAUAGCACCCUAGGAUUAAAAUCAGGGCUCUCGUCGAUGUGUCGAUGGAGCCUGUAGGAUCGACGGCGUUAAUCCUUUUACGGACAGGUAUCUUACCGUGCCACUUCCCAGAAACUUGCGACAACGGCUUAGGACAAGCAUGGACACAGGCCACCUAGCAUUAUAUCAUGCUCGAUUGUUCCCCGCUCCCUCGAUAUCUUCGAGUCUUGUUCCCAUCAUACCAAGUUUCACCGUCGAACAUAGUCCAGCAACAACGCAGUACGAGCACCAAUCGUCCAGACCAAAUUAUCCCCGAUUUACAACAUGGUCGCCGCCGGAGAAGCGAAGAGCGCCGUCAAAUACGAGACUCGUCUCUUUAUCAACAACGAGUACGUUGAGGGCACUGGCAAAAGAUUGACGGUCAGGAAUCCCAACAAUGAGACGAUCGUAACCGAAGAUGUACAAACGGCGAGCGAAGCCGACGUUGAAAAAGCGUUUGAUGCCGCCCAGGCCGCAUACAAGGGAGAGUGGAGCAAGUGGACAGCUUCGCAGCGGUCUGCUGUUCUAAUGAAGGUGGCGGAGCUGAUCGAGAAAGAGGCUGGAAGAGAGGGCACGGACGACGAUCCCAGUCUUCCUCAUCUUGAGACGGUCGCUAUGGGCGCUCCAGUUCAAGCUGGCAAAUGGAUUUUGGGUCUUUGUGCUGAGGUCUUCAAGUACUACGCAGGCUGGACCAACAAGAUCCCUGGAGAGCAGUACCCUGCCGACGAUGGCACUUACAAGAUCGUCUCGUACGAGCCCCUUGGUGUCUGCGCUGGUAUUGGUGCUUGGAAUGUCUCGUACAUUCUCUUAGCUAACAAAAUCGCGCCUGCCCUAGCGGCUGGCAACACUUUCAUAUUCAAGGCAUCGGAAAAGUCUCCUCUCGGUUGCAUUCGAUUCGCACGCAUCUUCAAAGAAGCUGGAAUUCCUGCUGGUGUGGUCAAUGUCAUUACAGGUGGAGGUGAUGUGGGUGCUUUGCUCGCUUCGCACCCACGUAUCCGCAAAAUCAGCUUCACAGGCUCCGUCCCUACUGGAAAAAAAAUUCAAGCUGCAGCCGCGAAUUCCAACCUCAAGCGUGUGACCCUAGAGCUUGGUGGAAAGUCUCCAGCUCUGGUGUUUGAGGAUGCUGACCUUGAGAACGCCUAUAGUGUCUGUGCUGACGCUUUCCUUUUCAACACUACGCAAGCCUGUAUUGCCAGCUCGCGUUGCUUUGUCCAGGAGAGUAUCGCACCCGCCUUUAUCGAAGGUAUGAAAAAACGCUUCGCCUCUCUGGGCAAUAACAUGGGCGAUCCGUCCCUCGAGACUACUAGCUACGGACCCCUUGCAGAUCAAGCCCAAUACGACCGUGUGAUGAGCUUCAUCGAGGCUGGCAAGAAGGAGGCUGAGCUGGCCAUUGGUGGUGAGCGUGUCGGCGAAAAGGGCCAUUUCAUCAAGCCGACCAUCUUUCUGAAUGCCAAAGACGAUGCUUCAAUCUACCGUGAUGAGAUCUUCGGUCCGGUGCUAGGUAUCCGCACGUUCAAGACAGAAGAAGAGGCGAUCGAGCUAGCGAACGAUACUAACUAUGGCCUGUCGAGCGUCCUACUGACAAAGUCAAUCUCUCGAGCCCUUCGAGUAUCACGACAGAUUGAAGCUGGAACCGUGGCCAUCAACCAGUCACACUCAAUCUCAGUAUCGGCACCAUUCGGUGGGUUCAAGGAGAGUGGAGUGGGCAGAGAAUCAGGCCGCGAAGGGAUUAUGGGAUAUUUGCAGAGCAAGACCAUUCUUAUUGGCAUGGGUGUCUGA